AUGAACUCUAAUAAAGCAGUUUCGGAGAAUACAAGUGAUUGUCGGAGUUUAAAAUUGAACACGUCGAUUUCUAAAUAUGGAUCGAAUAGGUAUAUUUGUGAAAUAUUAUUAGCACUAAUAUGCCUGGAUCAAGCAGCAAGACAUCUUCUACUACUAUUUAAAAGAAAAGCCAUAGGUAUGUAGAGAGUGAUAAAUUAGUGACUUCUAGCCUAUGCAAUAGACGUUGGGAUAGGGCUCUUUUGGUUGGGUCACUCUAGUAAGGGAGAUUUAGAGUGGGAGAUUGUUUGCAAUGAAAGCUGUAUUGUUGAAUGUUUAAUGUCGUAGAUGAAGAAGGGGGAGCUCUUCAAGUAUUGCACAAUUGAUAAUUUGAAGAGGGAGAUAAAAAUUUAACGUAAAUUGAAUCACCCUCAUAUUAUUAAUCUGGAUAGUUAUUUCGAAGACAAGGUAAGGUCGAUCUUUAAUUUAAGACUAAUGUAUACCUCAUUCUGGAAUAUGCGGAAGGAGGUUCUCUAUUUAAAAGGAUAAAGAAGCAGCGUCGACUUUCUGAGGAUGAGGCCUAUCAUUAUCUCUAUUAGACUUGUUUGGGAAUCGAGUACUUGCACAAGAUGAAGAUAAUCCAUCGUGAUAUAAAGGUAGUGUUAAAUUGAUAUGUUGUGAAUAGCCUGAAAAUCUUCUGUUGGAUGCGAAGGGGAACAUAAAGAUAUGCGAUUUCGGAUGGUCCACUGAGAUGGACAAUCUGAAAAAGGCAUUUUGUGGGACCAUAGAAUACAUGGCACCGGAGAUGAUCAAGUCUCAAAGUACGAACUACAAAUUGGACAUCUGGUGUUUGGGUGUUCUGCUGUAUGAGAUGGUGUAGGGUAAGCCUCCAUUUACAGGGAAGAAUGAUCAGGAAAAGUGUGUUGCCAUUCUAUCAGGGUAGUAGUUGAAAUACGAGGAAUUCGUGAGUGAAGAUUGCAAGUCGUUGAUUGCCAUGAUUCUACAGCCGAAUCCAUUUAACAGACCUUCGAUUUAAGGCAUUCUCAAUCAUAAAUGGAUGUUAUCUAAGUAACAAUCCAAAUCUUACAAUGACCAAUUGAAUUCCAGAAGCAUCUCUAUGUUGAUGAUGGAAGAAUAUAGUCAUUCUCCUUUGAAAUCUUGUUAAACUGUGGUUUCUGAGAGGAAAACCAACAACAGGGAAUGGGAAGAGUCGAAACAGAGAGCUCACCAUUUUGUGUUCCAUCAACCUUAAGCAGUAAACGAACAACCGGAACAAACUUUCUUCAGAAGAGUCCUGAUUUCUCUUGGUUGUAUAAAUCGUUGA